GCCAUUUUGUCCUCUCGCUCACUUAGUUGAUUGGGCUUUCGCGAGCUGUACUGGAGCCAAUCAGAGGGAAACCGGACAGCGGCGACUACACGAAGGACGGUGUGGUGUGUUGGCUAAGUUGCGAUGGAGCAGUACACGGCUGCCACCACGGCGACUGGAGAGCAGAUUGUAGUGCAGACUGCCAAUGGACAGAUCCAACAGCAGGUGCAGGGGCAGCCUCUGAUGGUCCAGGUGAGCGGCGGGCAGCUCAUUACAUCAUCCGGGCAGCCCAUCAUGGUGCAGGCCAUGUCGGGGGGCCAGGGUCAGACCAUCAUGCAGGUUCCCGUGUCUGGAGCUCAGGGACUCCAACAGAUCCAACUGGUGCAGCCCGGUCAGAUCCAGCUGCAAGGUGGUCAGACUCUGCAGCUUCAGGGUCAGCAGGGUCAGGCCCAGCAGAUCAUCAUCCAACAACCCCAGACGGCCAUCACCGCCGGACAGAAUCAGGGUCAGCAGAUCAGUGUGCAGGGCCAACAAGUGGCCCAGACAGCUGAUGGACAGACUAUCGUCUACCAGCCAGUCAAUGCAGAUGGAACUGUUCUACAGCAGGGAAUGAUCACAAUUCCCGCCGCCAGCUUGGCAGGUGCCCAGAUUGUACAGGCAGGAGGUGCCAGCACCAACACCACCAACAGCCAAGGCACUGUGACCGUCACCCUGCCCGUCUCUGGCAACAUGGUGAAUGCAGGUGGAAUGGUCAUGGUAAGACCCAAUGUUGAGAUGGUGCCGGGAGGCGGCGCAGUCCCCACAAUGCAACGUAUCCCUCUGCCGGGUGCAGAGAUGCUGGAGGAGGAGCCCCUUUACGUGAACGCCAAGCAGUACCACCGCAUCCUGAAGCGACGGCAGGCGCGAGCCAAGCUGGAGGCCGAGGGCAAGAUCCCCAAAGAAAGGAGGAAAUACCUUCACGAGUCUCGCCACCGUCACGCUAUGCAGCGUAAGCGAGGCGAUGGAGGGCGUUUCUUCUCACCCAAGGAAAAGGAAGAAAUGGCGUUGGUGUUGGCACAGCAACAGCAGGAAGCAGUACAGGCGGCAGCCGACGACACGGUGGCGCAGAUGAUCCGAGUGUCGUAGCAUCGCCUGAUUGACUGUUCAUCGCGUUUGCCAGCUACUCUUCUAUUCUACUCUUCACUCUGGGCUUCCGGCCAGCAGUGGCAGCCCCUCUCUUCCUUUUUUUGUCUGUUAUUGAAGAAAUCUAUCCUCUGGCCAAACACUUUGUCCACUAUUAUUUUCCCCCUAGACUAAAGUAAUGGUUACACCUUCUCGUUUUUUUCCCCCCGUGUAGAAGAAGUGCUCCUCUCUGGCCAACACUUAGCACCUGCUAUUUAUUUUCCCCCUUGGAUGUAGUUACACCAAGUCAAACUCUCAUCCUGCUCUGUUCAAUGCCAAUAAUGAGCCAUGGAUACAUGUAAAUGGUACUGCCUUCUUGUGCUUGUCGUUAAUGUAUAUGUUGAAAUCUUCUUUACUUUGACCUCCCCCCUACACACACACGCACACAAACAGUUGUAUACACAGUUGAGAAUAUUGUAUAUUAAUGAUUUUCCUCCUCCCCAGCUUUUUUGGACACAUUUUAUACAAUGUUGUAGUUGGAAUUUUUAUUUUGUUGGGAAAAUGUCCUAUCAAGUGUUUGAAUUGUAGACUUUUACUCAUCAAAUUAAACAUUAUUUUUUUUUUACAUGAACUGUUUGUAAAAACUUAAUUGGUAGAGCACCUGUUAAUUAAACUGCAA